AUGGCGUCUCCAGUAAUAGACCCGGCGCUGCAGGCACAAUCCGUACCACCUCCCCCAAUACCCGCACCUCCCCCUCACCAACCCUCCCCCACGCCCGUCCUGGACCGCCAACUGAACGUCUCCGAUGCGCUCGGCUACCUGGACGCCGUCAAACAAGUCUUUGCCCAGCGCACCGACGUCUACAAUGUCUUUCUGGACAUAAUGAAAGACUUCAAAUCCUCGCUGAUCGACACGCCCGGCGUCAUCGACCGCGUCGCCGCGCUGUUCAAGGGCCACCCGCAGCUCAUCCAGGGCUUCAACACCUUCCUCCCGCUCGGAUACCGCAUAGACGUCGAGGGCGACGAGCGCAUCAUCAUCACCACGCCCAAGCAGACCAUCGUGAAGGAGACCGCCAGCAUCGGACUUAACGGACUUGGCCUCGGUCUAUUGGAGUCGGCGGGCAACGGCGGUGGGAGCGCGAUGGAAGUCGACGAGCGGCCGCUGGAGCAGCGCCCUCUGCCGCCGGCACCGGCACCGGCGCCACCGCCCCCGGAGCCGAGCUGGGCGCCUGCACCUCCCCCGCGCGCGUCGAGCCUAAUUCCGGCGCCUAAUCCGCCGCCGCGCGACGAGCCCAUGCCGCCCGCGCCUCCGCCCCUCUCGACCACGCCGCACCCCCCGCCUCCACCGCCUCCCCCGCUGAUUGGACCUCCCCCGGCGGGUGAGUUCGACCCCGCGAUGUCGUAUGUCAAGCAGAUCAAGACGCGCUAUGCGGCCCAGCCGGAGAAAUACAAGGCGUUCCUCGAGAUCCUGUCCUCGCACCACAACGCGGGCAGGAUGGGCGAUGAGGGCGCGCAGGAAGACAUAUACAGGAGAGUCGAGGCCUUGUUCGCGGACGCGCCCGAUCUGGCGCUUGCGUUCAAGGAGUUCAUACCCGGUCUGGACGGCGCUGGAGGGAUGGGCAGGAGCGAGAGGACGGGGACGGAUAGGAAGAGAAGGAGAGAGACCGGCGGCGUCUCAGAGGCCGCACCGGGCAAACGCAAGCGCAAAGCCGAACCCCGCCGCGAAGAACCGUCCGCGCAGGCGUCGUCGUCACAUCAACAUGGCGCACAGGGCCAGAAGGGCUCAGGGCAGGCGGCGAAUGGGAAGGGCAAGAGGAGGGCGAGUCCGGCGGCUGAGAGGGAGAGGGCUGCAGAGGCGGGGAGAGGUCCGCAGGAGCCGCCCACGAACCAGUUCUUUGCGCGGGUCAGGAGAGCGUUGGGCGCGAGAGAACCGUAUCUUGAGUUCAUCAAGCUCGCAAAUCUGUUCGCGCAAGGGAGGAUAGACAGGCGUCGACUACUCGGCGAAAGUCAAUCCUUCCUCAACGAUGAGUUGAUGACAGCUUGGAAGCGCGUCCUUGGAUGGUCGGAGGCCGACGACCUGCGCGCGCAAAUAGCUGCGCGUACUCAAGACGGAGGUGCAGGAGCUGGCGCGCCCGCCUUCGAUAGUCGGGAAGGCCUGGAUCUACCCGUUGAUCCGGAGGACGAUGGUAUACGGAUCGGAAGCUACAGGCGUGUACCGCGCGACGAUCGCAUGGCAGCAUGUUCAGGUCGCGAUGACCUAUGCCGGAGUGUGCUGAACGAUGAGUGGGCCUCUGGACCACGAACGUCUCUCGACGAUGCUGGCCUAUACGGCGCGACUGGCGGGAAACCUAUCAACGUCUACGAAGAGGCAUUACACCGGACGGAAGAAGAGCGACACGAGUACGACUUCCACCUCGAUGCUCUCGCGCGGACAACCGCUCUCCUCGAGCCGCUUGUAGCGAAGAUCAACCUUCUACCACCCCCAGAACGACCAUCGUUCAAGCUCAAACCGAACCUCGGUGGCGCGGGCAAAGCCGUCCACGCACGCGUCAUACGCAAAGUGUACGGCGCGGAAGCCGCUCCGGAUGUGUUGGCAGCUAUGCAGGAUAUGCCCGGUGUCGCCUUGCCGGCAGUAUAUGCUCGCCUUAGGCAAAAGGAGGGGCAGUGGCGACGAGCACAGACGGCUUGGUCGCGCGUAUGGCGAGCUGCUGAUGCGAGAAAUGCGCCGCGGGCGCUCGAUGCCAGAGCAGCUGCGUUCAAGGCGGCGGAUAAGAAGUCUUUUGCACCCCGCGCCUUCCUCUCGCAGAUCGAGGCCCUUGCCGAGGAACAACUGCGCUCGCGCGGACUGGCUGUCUCCAGUCUACUCGGUGGACGUGGACCGAGGUGGCAGAUGGCGUUCGCUGUACAAGACGACGCUUUACUAGGCGAUGUCAUCCGCCUCCUACUCUCCUACGGUGCCCGCGUCGGUGUAGGCGGCAAAGACGGCGCCCGCCGCGAACGCGCCGAAGGCCGCGCAUACGCGCUCGCCAAGGCGCUCUGCGGACUACCCGACGGCUGGCUCGCUUCGCCGACCGCAGUGCAACAGGGUCAAACUGGUGUCGAGAGGCCCAACGCGAGACCCGGAGACUUGAGGAAGAACUUGUUAGCAGCUGCUGCGGCAUCUGCUGGCGCGGGCCCGAGCUCCGGAUCGGGCUUGAGCGCUAAACCGACCCGCGCAUCAACGCGCUCGCCCCUCGCUACACCCUCCCGCGGCGCGAGCCCGGCACCCCUCGACGACGCCACUCCACCUAUUGACGAUACAGAAGGUGUGGGCGCACGAAGGGUGUUCUUCGUCAACGGGUGGUUCUACGUGUUCUUCCGCAUGGUCGAGACGCUGUACUCUAGAUUGGCGCAUUUUAAGGCGCUUGCUGCUGCGCGGGCGAAGGUGCCUGGGCUUGUGGCCGGCGUACCGCCUGGGCAAGAGCUUAGUCCACGCGCAUUCUACGAGCUUGCGCUCGAGGAGUGCGAGCGUCUAUUCGAUGGUCUUAUCACCGUCGAUCAGUGGGAAGAACAAAGCCGCGCUAUGUGGGGCGUCGAGGAUGCGUACAAGCUGUUCACGAUCGACAAGUGUCUCGCCGCAUUGCUCAAGCACCUCCAUACAUUCGAUACCUCACCGGCAACCGAGCGUCUCGCGCGCUCGUUGCUAUCACCCGCUGCAUCCCCGGCACCUGCAAGCGCAACAUCACUAUUGAACCCUACCUCAGAUGACAUCCGCAAAGCGCGCUCCGCCGCCGAAGCCCAGCUAGCACCGGACGAGACACUCUUCAGGCUCGAAUGGGCUGGGGACCGGCGUACGAUGACGCUCGAGCUCGUUGACCGCGGGAAGGAGCGGCGUGCGGAGGACGAGGAGAGAGGAAGGUGGUUCGGCUACGUCGACGCGUUCGUUGCUCCCGGCCCGACAGCAGGCGUCCCGCAACACAAACUGCGCUCGCCGUUCCUCAAACGCUCUCUCCCUCCGUCCUUACGCAACUCUGCGCCGUCGCUCCCAUCGCCGCCGUCUGUCAACGCGGCGGGCGCGCUGGAGAUUAGGGUAUGUGUGCGGACGUAUAGGGUGUUUUAUGUGCCGAGGACGGGCGAGGCGAUGUGGCGCGAGGGGCCGAGGGAGGGUGGUGAGAGUGGGAAGGUGGCGGAGUGGAGGGAGGGGAGGAUGAGGGAGAGGUGGGGAGCUUAG